CAGAUUCCGGGGGCCAUUUUUCGAAAAAAUCGACUUUUGAGCCUGUUCUAUUGCAGUUAGCGCAUGAUUCAAAUCAAAAUUAAAUAUCAAUUCCUAGAUAACUCGACGAGGGCUACAAGACUAGCAUGCUUAAAUCUUGCCAGAAAAAAGUUCUGUAAAAAGUGGGCGGAGCUGCAUGGACGUACCCAUACAAUAUUGAGUAUGUGACUGAAUUACUGAGAAAAUUUCAAUAAAGUAAAUAAUAAUGAUACUAGUUUAUCUAAUAUAACAACGAUAUGUUCACAAGCAAAUGAAUAACUAGCUACUUUAUUGAAGAAUUUGAAUGAUUUUGUGAAUAACAGUCAUGAACAAAAUGAACAACAGCCAUUUGUUCUUGCAUUUCUUGAAAGUAUCAUAAAGAAUCUAAGUCGAUCUAAAAACAAUUACAAAUACAAUGAAUAUGUCCAACGAUUUGCAACAGCACUGUAUGUACUAGCUGGUAGCAAUACGUACGAACUUAUACGUAUUAAUUUACCUGGUGCUUUACCAUCUAUUAGUGCUCUGGAGCACUAUAAUAAAAAUAUUGAUCUAAAAAUGAAUGAGUGUCACUUUCGUUUUGAUCGAUUGACAGAACAUCUUGAUACAAUUAAUUCGAAGAAUUCCUUUGUUGGUUUUAUACCUUCUCAUCACAAGGGAAUACCACAAACUUCUUCUUACCAAACCGAUGACUUUCAACAACUACAAGAACGGUUUAUGACAAUCGAUAAAUCAUCACUAAUCAACGUUCACAUGGUGGAGCCGUUGUUGCCGUCCUUAACAACCACGACAGUAACAAUGCCUACACAAUCAUCUAAAUCAAGGCCAUUUCUUUUAGCUGCUUAUGGGACAGAUACUAAGUCAAUCGCCAUCGAUAUACUUCGUCGAUGGAUCUACAUUUAUGAACGAUGUAAAUUGAAUGAUAUACGUAUAAUUGGUUACUCAGCUGAUUGUGCUGGUAAAUAUUUGAAAGCGAUGCGACUUACAAACGAGUCUUUUAGUCGUUUACCAAAUAUCAAUCUGAUUGAUAUUUACCAUAAUGAUCUGUUUGAAAUUGAUCUACCACAUAAAUGGAAAACAUGGUUUUAUCUGAGACCAAAACAAUUGUUUCUUUGCUUUCAAGAUGGAAUACAUUUGGCAAAAAAAAUUCGUAAUCGUUUAUUAUCUAAACAUGCACAAUUAUUUAUAGGAAAGCAGUCUGUUGAUUGA